UGGAUCGGGGGCUCAGACGUCAGGAGUUUCCACCCAUUGUCCUGGCAGUGACAGGAGAUGUCGUUCAGAUCUUUCUUCUCCUGGACCUUCCUUCACACAGAGCGGAUCAGCAGCAGAGCGCGGACCCCCGGCCAGAAGAUGUCCGCUCACUUUGGGGUCCUGCUCCUGUGCCUCGUCCUUGGGGACUAUUUGUCGGCCUCGUCUGUAGAUGUCAGUGAACUUACACAAUCAAAAUGCAGAAUAGCCGGCGUGGUUCUGGUGGAGAAUCAAGACCGCUCCAAGAAAUUUAACUUUACGAUGGCGGAAGAUGCGUGCCAGGCGCUGGGGCUACAGCUUGCCAGCGAGGCUCAGGUGGAGAAGGCCAAGGGAUACGGAUAUGAGACGUGCAGCUUUGGAUGGGUAUUGGAAAAAGCUGGGGUGAUUCCACGGAUCCAAAACAACGAAAACUGUGGCAGAAACAAAACCGGGAUCAUAACCUGGAAGGUGGAACUCCACAGAGUCGUCUUCAGCGCCUACUGCUUCAAUGCCUCCGACGUCCGCAUCAAUUCCUGCAAGCCGGGACUGAUGGUGACACAAACCCCGAGCACCGCAGUGGUGCCAACGUCCAGAGCCACCACGGCAUCAAGCCGCCCAGAAACGGAAUCCACCAGUCUAGAAGCGGACACGCAGACGACGGCAGCACUGGCGUCCAGGCCGCACGUGACGACAAUGACAACCAAAGACUUGACGACAUCAUUGACCACAACACUGACGACACCAGCGAUGACGCCGCGGUCCACCACGAUAGAGCCAACGCCAGUGGCGGACACUGAACCACCCAACAAGCAGGAGAACCAGAUGGCUCAAAAAACCGAGAGAGUCGUAUUUGGAGGAGUUCCGACGACGCUGCUCAUUCUGGCGCUGCUGUUCUUUAUAGCGGCCGUGGUCCUCGCCGUUUGCUAUAUCAAAAAAUACAAAACUCAUUUACUCUUCACCAAGAAGAAAAAUCAGAAGGAAUGCGUGGAGGCCAAGGUGUUCAAAGACACGUCGGGCGCUGAAAACACGAAAGAGGAAGAGCGUCCCCCGAAUGGAAAAGAGACAGAGAGCCCGUGGAAACCUACAGGAAACUCCAUCGAGGCGGAGGUGUAAUAUCAGCGGAGAGAUAAACUGCUCGCCCACUGGGCACCGCGCCCGCCGCGCCAAAAAGAACAAACUGAGGCUCCAAUGAUUACAUUCAUCAGUAUAAACCCCACCGCAGACCCAGAAGACGGGGGAUGGGCAGGGAGGUCCCCCUAUAAAUUAUUGUCUCAGUAACAGCACUGGAUUACACCGUACACUACUGCUCCUGUGAUGUCACUUCCUGUUACCAUUGCAUCCCCAGGACACGCCCCUGAUCCCUAAUGAAUAUACAUACUGAGAAUAUGAUGGAGGCGAUGUUGG